GACGCUGCCCGUUCCCAGGGUUCAAUGAGAAUGGUUUGCCCCACCCAUCUCUCCAGCGCUGUGUCAAUGUACAAUUCCCGGAGAAAAGGGAAAAAGCGAACAAUGUCCCCCAGAAGAGGCUUUUUUUGACGUUUAUUCGCCAGCGUGAGCGGCCUGUCAGCGAAGGAAUUGCUGUCAAACCGGGAUCAGUCCGUAUGAACCGCGGUAUCUUCACGGACUCGUGUGCACAUGUAUGUGUCUACCAUCCGAAUUCAAAAGGGAUACAAAGCUGAGAGUGACAGCAGGCUCAAACUGCAACAGAAGGGGAAAUAGCCCGAGAUUUUUUUUUUCACCCGUAAAAACACAGCAGUCGGAGGUGGCGGAACGAGUCGCCAAGAGGAUUCUUGGAAUCGGAAUUGUGAGCUUGUGCGGUUUCCAGAUGUGGGGAGAAAUAUAAAUUGUUAUAGCGACAGAGGAAAAAAAAAACGGAGGGGGAGAGAGAGAGAGAGAAAAGGGCCUUUUUGAUUUGGGCAAAACCAGCAAGGAACGACCAUCGCAGAAGAAGAGGAGGAGGAAAAUAUAGGGAAAAAAAUUAAAUGAUUUUCUGGGAUUAAAACAGCUGUGCAUCGGACACUCUGGGGCCGCCGCGUGCGCGUUUUACGGAUUUAAAAGGUUUUUACCGAGUCAAGAAACGUUCAAAAUGAUCUACAUGGCGUCAUUUUAGUGGAAAUAUUCAUUUUUAUCGUCUCUCCCCCCCCUCCCGUCUCUCUCUCUCACACACACACUCCUUGUGGAAGAAAGCGAAUUGUGAGAUAUAGACCAAAAUAUUAAAUUCCUAUUAAAAGCGCCUUUCCUGUUGGGGUUUUUGGUGACCCCCCUCCGACCCCCCAAGACUACAAAAAAAAAUCGCCUUUUAAGAGACUGAAGGAUUCUUCGUCGAGGAAAUUAAUUUGGGGGGGUUGGAUUUGUCAUUAAGAGAGACCGUCGUGGGAAUCGCGAGACAGAAUUAUACAUGUUUAUUUUAAGAGAAGGCUAAAGGAAACAAAAAUCGAAAUUCUAUUUGUUUUUUUUUUCUUUUAAAUUGAAAUAAUAAUUAAGCCUGUGCAUAUAUAUAUAUACACACCGGGGGGGGGGAUAUUUCCCCGUCUGACAAGGCGGCCCGACUGUGGCGUCAUUAUCUCCUGCUCACCGUUCUUUCCGAGGCAGGAUUAGACUUAGGGGGGGUAUCCAUUUUAAAUCAUUUACCCCCAAAAAAUCCCGGUUGAUUUGAUCAUUUUUUUUACCGACAGCAUACAUAAAUGCCACGAAUCUACACCCAGGUGUUAAUUUUGUGGGCCAACAAUCGAGGGAUUUAGGAUUUCUUAAUUAUUUAAUAUUUUAACCCCUCCCUCCCUCCCUCCCUUCCCCUCCCCGUCCCUCUCCCCUCUUUUCCCGAACCUCUAUUUUUUUUGGGGGGGGGGUCUGGUUCUAUACUUUUUUUUGUGUGUGCGUUUUGUUUUGUUUUUGUUUUUGUUUUUUUUGGAGGGGGGGGAGGUUUUUUGGGAGUGGGGGAGAAAGAUGGGCUGUUUGGGCAACAGCAAGACUGAAGACCAGCGGAACGAGGAGAAAGCGCAGCGCGAGGCGAAUAAAAAGAUCGAGAAACAGUUGCAGAAAGACAAACAGAUCUACCGAGCGACGCACCGGCUACUGCUGCUGGGAGCUGGCGAAUCGGGGAAAAGCACCAUAGUGAAGCAGAUGCGGAUCCUGCAUGUGAAUGGCUUCAAUGCUGAAGAGAAAAAACAGAAAAUUCAGGACAUUAAAAAUAAUAUUAAAGAAGCUAUAGAGACUAUCGUCACAGCCAUGAGCACGCUGGCGCCGCCGGUCCAGUUGGCUUGUCCAGACAACCAGUUCCGAAUCGACUACAUCCUCAACCUAGCCAACCAGAAAGACUUCGAGUUCCCUACGGAGUUUUACGAACACACGAAGAUCCUCUGGCAGGACGAGGGUGUGAAGGCGUGCUACGAGAGAUCCAACGAGUACCAGCUCAUCGACUGCGCGCAGUAGUGAGUGAUCGGAGCCAUCGCCUCUCUCUCUCCUCGCCUGAUGAGAGGCUAACGGGGGGGUGUUUGGAGUGUGUGUGUGUGUAUGGGGGGGAGCAGCAAAGCAACGAGGCCUUAGAGAGCAGAACUGCUCAAUGUGCACAAACCCCUCGGAUUAUUACAGCCUUUUGGUAGGUCUCUCGUCUGAAUCUUGGAGCCGUUCUGACAGAGCCUUGGGGCUGGGCGUGGCAGUGGUUCAGCUGGGUCCUGCCUCUCAGGUUUGGCAGAGAGGAGCUGUAGAGCGCACUGUGAUGGGUCCAGAGUCUCCCAAGGGAAUCUUGAGUCCGUUACAGUCUAACGGGGGUCUCCGGUGGCUCCGGAUUAGCAUGCAAACAAAUCCCAGGGUUCAGUUUUCACAGUGAAUGGGAGGCCAGCCCUUGGGACAGUGUGACAUCCGGAUGGUGUUGGGGGAGACAGCAGUUAGUAACGACAGACUGAAUUCUAGCCCCUGGACAGAAACAGGAGGACGCUACUGUUGUGCCCAGGACCUUGGACAGUGUGAUGGGACUUGUGAUCUGAAUGCACGGACUUAUGACCUGCAAGGUGCUGCAAACCGUGUGUGUAUGCGAAAUCGAAAUGGAGUUUUAAUGGGAGGAUGAGGUGUUUUCUGACCGGGGCUGUGCCAUUCGCUGUAGUUACUCGGUGGUGGAGUCGCACUGCCCUCACCCCUGUCCCUGCUGGUCUGAACUGUGUGCAGUUUCCAUGGUGUGUGGCCUGCAGUGUGCUGUCCAGGUGCAUCUCUGGUGUGCUCCACUGCUGGGACCUGCACUUGACUGACCAGUGGCUGGUACUGGACAGUGCCAUGCCGUGGACAUGGUCCAGCUGUAUGAAAGGCCUGUUCUUCCUUGUUUCUGGAAGGCUUUUCUCCUUACUGUCCUCUCCUGGAUUUAUGUAUUUUUGGGGGCGGCUGCUUUUGCGCCAGCUGAAUCGUGAAACGGAUCGUGAUUUCUGGAGGCAAGCUGAAAGUAUUCAACAGCAAAACUCCUCCCCACAUCAAACAAAUUCCAGCACAACGUCUUGCAAUCUGUCACAUAACUGCCCCCAUCGCUGUUUCACCCAAGCCCAGCAGACCAGCAGAGGGGUAAAAGCACAGUAUGGGGGUGCAGAAGAGCGCUUCAGUACCAGAGUUGGCGGCGAGUGAAAUGGCAGGCAGUGAAGACAGGGGGCUGUAGGAUUGUGAGGGUGGGGAGAGACCUGGUGGCCUCCCCUCUCAUGGCAAUAAGGCGUUCAGAAAAGACCGCUUGAGUCAGGACAGCAGUCCAAAGGUGGCUAGCCCAACAGAGCCUCUGCUUCAGUAGGUAGCAGGAAAUGAGGAGAGACCCUCUUGUGGACAGCUUUCAUGGCUAUGUCAUCACGGGUCAGCCAGAGCCUCGUAAACUCAGUGCGCCUUGUUCAGCAUUUCUAUUAAAGGCUUAAAGGCUUGGUUUGGCAGAUGUAUUUCUUGUAUGUUGCAAACUAUACAAUAUUGCAGGUGUUCUUAAUGUAACAUUUUCAGUGUCAAUCCUUUUUGAAGAGGAGCUGUUUUUAUUCUGUGGGUUCCUGCUUGUCACCUUGUUGCUCCACAUGUUCACCUGUCCCGCCUUGUAGUUUUCCCCCCUUCCCCUCUCAGCCAGGUCUGCAGCAAAGAUGAAUUCAGAGCAGAAAUGGGAAGGUUCCCUGGAACUGAAGGGAGGCAAGGGGGGGGUGAGGGCACAGCUGGCUUUAACACCCUCAAAGACUGCACCAGGCGCUCAAUUUUGGUUUUGGUUUUUGGUCUUCCUGUCUGGAAAGUCCCUCCAGACGUCCCUCGCGGAGCACUGGGGUCGGCGCGCCGCAGUCUCUUUCUGUGAAGUGACGUCGGGGUGCAGUUUGCUGAGAAGCUGCCGUUUUGAGAGGUGGCCUUGUCGGCCCGGUGAGCCGCUGCCAAAGCUCCAGCAGAAACGCCCCGAGGGGCGCCCCUCCGGGGGCUCUCGCGCAUGCCACUGUCCGCACAGCGCCCUCCGGGACCCGCCGCGUCUUCCUCGCUCUCUGGCGGCUCUCCCCCGGCGGGCUCCUCUCCGUAACGCCGGUGUUGACGAGGGCGGUACGGGCAGGGAGCGAGGUCUUGAUCUGCGAGCUGUGGUGCACAGAGUGGAGCUCGAGACGGACAGUUUUAAAGCGCUCUGGCUUUCCUUUCCCUGCUGCCGGGGGGGGCGACUGUCUGCUGGGAUUCCAGCCCUGCCGUCUGUGAUCACACUCCAGUCACAUGACAGGGGUGUUCAGGACAGGCGGAGGCCUCCGAGACCUGACCCAGAGUUGAGGGGAGAGAGGUGUUGGUUGCUGGACAGAGCCAGGGAAGGAAUCCAGUGCACAAGAAAAGCCGUGCAGGGCAGGGAAGAGAAUAGGCCAGAACCACAAAGCUGUUUAGAAUUUGCGCUGCUUCUUUUGAGCCUCCGAGCAGGAGAGGUGGCAUUCUGUGAACACCAGGGAGCAGGACACCCAGGCUGGAGCACUGUGGGAUAGGAGGGGAGAGAGGAGCACAGCAGAGACGGGGAGAGGGAGGAGGGAGGGCAUCAGGGAGAGGGUUUCUGUGGGGUUUGAGCUUGCUUCCUUCCCCCCUCUGACCCCCGCCUUCCUCCCAGCUCCUGCGAGAGUCACAGGCGGGUUUUCUGAGCCAGGGUGGAAGUGAGCCCCCUCCCCCACCGUGCUUGCUUAUGUAAGGCAGGGAGAGCGCGCUCUGGGCUAUUUAUAGCUCCGCCGCGCUGCAGAAGGAGAGAGGGGGACAGAGACUCGCGCGGCGGAGAGCGAGAGCUGGCCGUGUUGUUUUUGUUUGUCUUGUUGGGGGUUGUGGGUGCUCUUUUCUGGUGGGCGGGGGGUUCACGUGCCAGUCGUGCAGUAAGAAGAGCUCUCUUCCCCACCAGAGAGGAAAAGUCCCGUUUCCUCUCUCGUUCCUCCAUAUUGCGCUGAGGGGGGGUGAAAUCGCCCUGAGGCUCUCCCCUCGUUUCCGCCGUCUCCGCGGAGGGGUUCGGCGAAAGAAAUCGGUCCCCUUGGCGUGGGUGCAGCCGUUGCCCGAGCUUCGCUUUCGCCAAACCCGGCGAGGAAGAUGGACCUUCCCUCCAGACCAGACAGCAGCUAGCUCAGGAAGGGUCUUCACCCUCCUGUAUGGCCUGAUGCUGCCAUUCCAGAGCCGUCCUUUUCUUUACAGACUCUUUAUAGCAUGUUCUCAAGAAGAGCUCAUGAAUGGGCCAGAACUUUGGGCGGUUCCAGACUUCUCUGUUACUAAACCUGGAGGGAGUGAUCCCGUGCCCUGUGGUGGGGUGUAAAGUGUUUUGGGGGUUCCUGGGCUCCGGGCAUGUUCUCCAGGGUCCGUCUGUGGGGGGUGGAAGCACCGUCUUUUUGGGAAAACAUUCCCCACAAGUGCACGAGAAAUUGUGCUACUCGCCCACCUGUGUCCAAGAAGCUAGAGCCCAGGGCUGAGGAAGGGCAGUGUUUUAGUCAUCGGGGUGGGUAUGAUCCUCAGUGCGCAGUGGGCCUGCAUCAGCACGAUUCUCUGGCUCUGGUGUAGGGGGGCAGAUCUUUACCAGGGAAAUUGUGGCCCAGUGCUUUGAGCCAGUUCAGGUUCUAUGAGGUGCAGACUCUGGUGAUGAAACGGCACAUUAGGUUUUGUUUUGUGUCUGCUUGUGGAAACUUUCAACCCGUCUUCAGUCAUACUGAGACCUGUUCAUGAAACCACCAAUGGACAGCUCUGCCAGAUGCUAUCCUGUGCUGUUGUGCACGAAUGCUGGUCAAGUAUUUUCUUUCUGCGAAAUUGAAGAAAGAUUUAAUAUAAAUGUGUUACGAGAUGUUCAGGAGGGUUUAAAUCCACCCUAUCUCAGAUGUGUUGAAAGCUUAUACGGGAAAAUGGUCAAGCAGAUGUUCUGUGAUUGUGGACUCGCUCAAAUAUAGAGGAUCAUUGUUGAUUUGCUAAAUCAGAAAUUAAAAGGAUAUCUCCCACGAGCUGCAUUUUGCGGAUUUCCUUUGGUGUGCAGCUCGGACCUAGUCUCUUGUCUCCCGUGGUGUGCUUUCUCAGCUGGACCGUUCCGAAGGUGUCCAGGAUGAUGCUCGGACUGUCCCGAUAAUACGUGCACGCUGCACAUCUCAGCCCUCGGCUCGGCGCCCCACAAGGCUGCGAGGCUGAGGCUCGUGAGGCCCUGCCCGCCCAGUGGGGCUCGGUGUGAGGGGCCCUGGUCCAGAUGGGCUCCGCACCGG